CGCCCCCGGAGCCCCUGCCCGCGUGGGCUGAGCAGUUUUCCCCGGAGAUGCAGAGGUGGUACCAGUUGGCGCUGGCCGGAGGGCGGGACGCGUCAGAGAUACAGCCUCCCGGCACCGUGCAGCAGCCGACCCUGCCGCCUCCUUUGGAGGAGCUAUGCGGCAACAUGUCCCUCCAUGAGUCCCUCCCAGACCUACGUCACGGCAACUUCAGCUGCACCAAAAUCGCCCACUACAACAUCUACGUGCGCAUGUGCAUCGCUAAGUGUCACGUGGGCUACCAGACCGAUGACGCAGGCCUGCUGUUCUGCAACCGCGGCCGAUGGGCGCCGAUCCAGCCCGAAGUCGUGUCGACACUCGUCGGCGUCGGUCGGGCUGCCGACACGAUGCCGAACACCGACCCUCGGGCGUUACAGUACCUCGGUAUUCCCGACGAAAUUUACGCCGACGUGGCUUUAAACAUUCUAGUGAAGCUUGACCAAGUUCCAAAUCUUUCUGUCGUAAAGUCAUAUCUAGACAUGAUCUCGCUGGACAACAUCAUCGACUUUGACAUGAUGCGGCAGAUGCUGAUCUGGGUUGGUCCAGAUGUCGAGGAAAAGAUCGCCAACCUGGACUUCCUGGACGUUCUGUCUCACCUAGAGACCUUUGGCGCGUCCAGGCGACCGGUUUGCAGAACUGUGGACUGUGGAAGGGGAUUUGAGAAUCUAGCUCAUGGCCGAGUGAACAGCAGCACAACCACGUACAUGUCAGAGGCCAGAGUGGUCUGUGAGCGAGGCUACCUGCCCCGGCACCCUGUACUGACGUGCACGGCUUCGGGACAAUGGGACAAACCCGCACUGUGCGAUCCAGGUAGGGCGUUAUUUAUGUGAUUAGAUGUUACAAGCAGGAGUGGUCUGUGAGCGAGGCUACCUGCCCCGGCACCCUGUACUGACGUGCACGGCUUCAGGACAAUGGGACAAACCCGGACUGUGCGAUCCAGGUAGGGCGUUAUUUAUGUGAUUUAAUGUUAGAAGUCAGAGUGGUCUGUGAGCGAGGCUACCUGCCCCGGCACCCUGUACUGACGUGCACGGCUUCGGGACAAUGGGACAAACCCGGACUGUGCGACCCAGGUAGGGCGUUAUUUAUGUGAUUAAAUGUUAGAAGCCAGAGUGGUCUGUGAGCGAGGCUACCUGCCCCGGCAAACUGUACUGUCGUGCACGGCUUCAGGACAAUGGGACAAACCCGCACUGUGCGACCCAGUAACCUGUAACCCACCUGAGGACCCCCCGCACGGCUCGUACCUGUGCCAUGGUCACGUGUUCUCAGACCGCUGUGACGUCAGCUGUGACGUGGGGUACGUACCGGAAACUAACGAUACUCUGGGCUGCAGCUGGACCGGAAACUGGACCAACUUUCGUAGCGGGAACACGACGGAGAUGGAAAAUGCUUUAU